UAAUGUGCAACAAUUAUCACGGCUAUUACUCCUACUCCAUAUUUCCUUCCCUACGAGACGAUUCCCGAGAACACAAGAGAACCUUCACAGUUUCUGCACGAUUAGAUAGCUCCAGACAUCUAGCCUAUUUUAGCUCCAUUUCCAGCAUAUAAGAAAAGAAAUGGCCUCGACCAAGACGUCAACGUCAAGAAUAGGUGAAGAGACAUGGAAAACGAAAGUCGACAAAGUCAACGCCGAGCUCGUGACGCUGACAUACGGCACGAUCGUCGCGCAACUCUGCGACGACUACGACAGCGACUAUGCGGAAGUAAACAAGCAGCUGGAUAAGAUGGGAUAUAACAUCGGCAUGCGGCUGAUCGAGGACUUCCUGGCCAGGUCGGAUACCGGCCGCUGUGCGAAUUUCAGAGAGACGGCGGAUAUGAUUUCGAAGGUUGGAUUCAAAAUAUUCCUCAACAUCACGCCGACAAUCACGAACUGGACGAGCGAUAACAAAUCCUUCUCUCUGGUGUUCGAUGAGAACCCGCUUGCGGACUUUGUGGAGUUGCCCGAUGACGGGCGGGCGCAGGAUGAGUUGUGGUUUUCGAAUAUUCUAUGUGGCGUGCUACGAGGGGCGUUGGAGAUGGUCCAAAUGCAAGUUGAAGCACAUUUUGUGAGCGAUGUGCUGCGCGGAAAUGAUACGACGGAGAUGCGGGUGUCGUUAGUCCGGUAUCUCGAAGACGAGUUGCCGCCAGACGAUGAAUGA